GAGUAGGGUUCUAGUGGAAGGGAAGAUAGACUACGGAGACUAUGUGGACAAGAACCAGAUCAGACGUCAGGCCACCACCAUCAUCGCAGACAACAUCAUCUUCCUGACCGACAGCAUGCGGGACAAAUCCUGA